UAAAUAUUGUACUGCUGUAUGGAAAGAAGAGUUAAAAACCAUACAAGAAAACAUUCCUAUUUGUUGGAUAGAUAUGAUAGAGAAGUGUGUAUGUUAUCCUUCUGAGCCGGAUAGACCAGUCAUUCAAAUGAUUACAUAUUGCACAGAGCCUGACAUUCAAUGGUUUACAUUUCCACUACAAAAAGUGAAACGUUUUAGUGGUGCUAAUGUUUUUGAUUUUAUUGAAAAGUAUAUAUUUUCUAUUAAAAUGUUUAAGUUAUUUUUCAUAAAAAAAUUUUUAUACUUUUAAAGUCAUGUACAUAGAAGAACCAAAUACAUAAAACAUAACAAAGAGCAACACAAAUAAUUUAUUUAAUUAUUUUGCUUACAAAUUCUUUAGUGGAACUUGAAAAUUUAUAUAAUGUAACUACUGAGGAAGACACUAUGUCAGCAAAAGUAGAGCUAAUAAAUACAAAUAAAAACAACGAUCUUCAAUGUUUUUACAAAGCAACUGUAGCUAACAAAAAGUUGACAUCAAUGCAGCAUUCUUUAUCUACUAAGAAAUGAAAAGUUCUUAAAGCCUGUUAAGAUACAAUAACAGGUAAAUUGAUUCAUUCCUUGUUGUGGUUAAUAGUAGUUGUUAUAAUGUAACGGUUAAAUUCUUGAUACCAUUAUGACUUUUAAAAGUCAUAAAAUAGAUCAAAGUGGUUGUUGCAAGUGUUUGACGUAAUUUAUCAGUUGUUAAGUUUUAGUGCUUCCAUAGUUAAAAGUAAAAGUUCAUUAUCAUUAUUUCAAGUUAUCAAACUUAUUAUACCUUUCAGAAACACUGGUGGAUGAUCCUGUGAUUCAAAUUUUUUUAGAAAAACCAAAUAAUGGUAAAAAAACGAGAAGGAUGGUUGGUUAAAUCAAAUUCACCUAAAAAAGCACAAAAGCGGAACAUAAAUGAAGAAGCUGUUGACGAUUCAUCUGGUGAGUUUUCACACAAUGGGGAUAUACAUUUUAUUUUAAAUAAUGGUACAUUACUUAAAAAUAAAGAAGACAAAAUAAAUGAUUAUCUCCCUGGCAAGAGUUUUAAAGGUGGACGACCAAAAAAAAUUCAAGUUGACCAAUUUUCUAUAGACAUGGGAAACUUUCAGCAAAAAGUUUUGUUUUGUUUAAGCGACCUUGAAGAAAAAAUGCAACUAAUCGAAAAACAACAAUCAAAGAUUCUUUUAUUUCUAUCAAAGAGUGACAAUGAACAUGUAGAUGAUUUUGAACAAACGACUACCACCGAAGAACUUUUGUCACUCGAAAAAAAAAUAGUUGACAACAAAAAAAUUAAACUAACGCUUCAGAGGAAGGUGGAAGUUAUAGGUUUAACAUGCAAGUCCAUGAGCGAGCAUGUUCGUUGUUCUCUAAAUGUCAUGCAAGUUGCAAAUAAAUAUAAAUGUUAUGUAUGGUAAUAAUGUACCGUUAAAGUCAUAUACGGACCAUUUAUUUUCGGACCAUCAUCUUCCAACUUUCGGACCAUCAUCUUCCAACAUUCAUUAUUACUCAGAUCAUUAUCUAAUGUUUGGAAUUUCUCAGAAAAAGAAACCAAACGAGUUUUAUCAGAGUGACUUAAACAAGCAGGAAAACGUUUAAGUGGUCUACCACUAUGUUAGGCUGUCAAACUUUUUAUUAAAUGAUGAUUUUAGUUAUUUUAUUAAUAAAAGUAUUAAAUACUUA